UUCACAGUCCUGCAGGAUUCUGAUGCUGAAUUCCCUGCCCUGCUGCCAGGACUCUCACUGAAGAAGACAAAAAAGGCAAAUGCUGAUGGAAAAAAUGUUGCUGCUAUUGAACUCCCACCUCCUGGGAAGGUUAUACAAUCUGGACAGAGAGCAAUGACAAUGGUUUUGGACCCAAACGCAGAUGCUGCACAAAGUGGGGUUGUGACCAAUGCUGAAAUCAGGCCUGAAGGAAUUACUGCUGGGGCAGUAAAGACUGGGGCAGUGGUUGUAGCACCUGCUGCUAAGGAUACUGCUGCAGCAGUAAAUGUAGGGGCUAAGACUACAAAUCCCGAACCUUGGAGUGCUCUUUUUAAGGAUAAUCG